CCUGUCUUUAGAAAGUAGAUGAGCUUUAGUGUACCAAAUUGUGAUGCUUUUCCAAUGACCUGCUGUGACAGAGGUCAGCCCUCCAGAUGAUGUAGUGUCCCAGCUACUGUCUGCCACAGCCAGGGAAGUCUUCAGUGUUGGAGACAUCGAGGUCAACCAGGUGAGUGUUUCUGUUCGAUCAGGUGCGUGAGGGUCCCUGUUCGUAGAGAAAGCUAGAGCCCUUUCUCAGUAGGUCUUAUAUCAUGUUUAUCCACCUCUUUCACCAUGAAAUACCUGGUCACACACACUGUUGUGGCAGUGUUGCAUUGAUUGCACACUGGUCUUUAUUUGAUUUCUUAAUGAAAUUAACCAAUAUCCUGUACUCUGGAUGACAUGACUGGACCACUGUUGGACGUAAAGCUAUGGGUGUACACUGCGGUAAGUAGUUAUAGGUCUUCGUCCACAAAUGGCUCAAAUAAAAACUAGGUCUUUAAAAAAUAGGGCAUAAUAUACUGUUCCCCCAGGGACUUAUGUCAAAGUCUCUGGAAGUCUGUGCAUCAUUCAGAUAAAUGUAUUCCAUUCAGUACUUCAAGUCUAGUAUUUGUAUGCAUGAUUAUGGCACAUUUUGUCCCCCUUUAUGUAUCUCCUGCCAGGGCCAAAGGUCAUUGUUGGCUUUCAACCGCUGUUGCCUUGAGGACCUGAAUGAGGUCACCUCACAUGCUGGAGGUAGUGCAGGCCCACAUGCAGCACAACAGGAACCUGUGUAGUGGUGGUAAUGCUGGGGACAGACGCAUCAACGUACGGGCUGAGUACCAAUCAGAGCCAGGUCUGUUCUGUAGCCCAGCAGCAGAAACAACACCUAGACCAGGGCUACUCAACUCUUACCCCACGUGGUCCGAAGCCUGCUCCUUUUCCUUUUCUACCUGAUAAUUAAUUGCACACAACUGGUGUCCCAGGUCUAAAUCAGUCCCUGAUUAGAGGGGAACAAUGAAAACAUGCAGUGGAACUGGCUUCUAGGUCCAGAGUUGUUUGAGAGGCCUAGACCCUAGCUUCUAAUGCUUGACUAUAGGGGUGACCUGAACUGUUCUAUGUUGGUUCAGAUCUUUUUAUUUUCCCAUUGUCCUUACCAGCUUAGUUCCAGCAACUAGCGUCAAUGUGUAACCAGGCCAACACCGUACAGCUAAGCUUGCCUAGGCUAAGUAUGUGUGAAAAGGAUAUAAGUGUCUUGGGGUCUGCGUUGUUUCUGGAUAAAGCCUCAAGGUGUUGAAUCUGCUCAGGAGCUGCUCAGACUCAAAAGCCCAGGGGCAUCAGUCAACAGGAGCUACACAUUAAGCAGGAUUACCUCAGCAUGACUGUCAUCAAGUAACUGAUGUGCUUUCUUUAUUUGGAUGUGUUUGGUAGGGGGGAACAUUUUUUAAAUUGUAGAGAAAUGGGGAGUUUUGGGCUUAAUUCUUUGCCUUUACUCCAUGUAACCAGUCCUUGGAGUUACUAAUUAGUGAAGGCCACAUUUUCUCCACCAUUGACAAGCAUUUCUGGUCCACUACGGGAUAGAGAAUGUCUUCUGUUGUUUCAGGUCCACUUACAUGAAUGGCUAUUGGAAUUUGUUUAAUAAAACAGAACAUUUUGGUUUAUCAACAUGCAUGACUGAUACUUGUGAUGGGACCAGUUCUUUAGAAUGUAUUUGUUUAUUUAUUAUUUACACUCCCAAAUAGGGAGAUUUUGGGGAAUGUGUUGACUGCCCUAGUUUUAUUUUGUUUGAGGUCCUCAAUGGUAUGUGACAGCUGAUGCAGUGUAAAAUGUUGAUUGGCUAAACGAACACAUGCAAUGAAAAUAAAUCGUUUUUACUGUCUUGAUUAGUAAAAGAAUCAACAUGGUGACAAACUUCCACAAUUUUAUCUAAACUUCAAAAUAACAGUAGGCUAAUUUUCAAUAAAGUAUUUCAUCAUAAACUACGAUACCCAGCUUUCUACAGACUAACUUGAAGUCCUCACUUUCCCAGCAUUCACUAGUACACUGUGUAAGAUGGCAGCAAACUCAAGCACUAACACACCUCUUUUUGACUGCCCGUCAUGGGCAGGGAAACCUCCCCCUGGACUCCAUCUAGAUGUUGUGAAGGGAGACAAGCUAGUAGAGAAGCUAAUCAUUGACGAGAAGAAAUAUUAUCUGUUUGGGCGGAAUCCAGACGUGUGUGACUUCACCAUAGACCACCAGUCGUGUUCGCGUGUCCACUCAGCCCUGGUCUACCACAGACACCUCAAGAGGGUUUUCCUGAUCGACCUCAACAGCACUCAUGGUACAUUUCUCGGUCAUAUCCGUCUGGAGCCGCACAAGCCCCAGCAGGUGCCCAUCGACUCCACUAUGUCGUUCGGGGCGUCCACACGGGUCUACACCCUGAGAGAGAAGCCCCAGCCCCAGAUCAGCACCAUACCUGGGGGAGAGGUGAAGGCAGGGGAGGAUGAGGAGCUCAAAGGACUACUGGGUCUACCUGAGGAGGAGACCGAGCUGGAGAACCUGACAGAGUUCAACACGGCCCACAACAAGCGUAUCUCCACCCUGACCAUUGAGGAUGGAAACCUGGACAUCGUGAGGCCCAAGAGGAAGAGGAGGAGCAGCAGGGUCUCCUUCAGCGAGGAGGAGGAGGUCAUCAACCCAGAGGACGUGGACCCGUCGGUAGGGCGCUUCAGGAACAUGGUACAGACUGCUGUUGUCCCUAUCAAGAAGAGGAAGAUGGAGGGUCACGCUUCACUAGCUCUGGAGGACUCUGUGGCCAGACGCAUGCAGAACUUCCCCUUCAGUGGAGGGCUCUAUGGAGACCUCCCACCCACCAGUGGAGAGGCCGGCUCCCUCCCCGCCGCGGCCCAGGCUGGAGCUACUAUCCUGGGGGGCCUGCCACUGGUCUUCCCUAACCCUGCUCCAGAGGUGGACCUCUCCCCCACCUCAGCCUCAGCACAGACCUCCGUCACCCUCAACCCUGCUGCUAACCCUGCCCCUGGACCAUACACGGCCGAGGCGCUCAACGAACCACGCAAGAAGAAAUACGCCAAGGAGGCGUGGCCAGGGAAGAAGCCCACGCCUUCUCUUCUGAUAUAGGUCGUAUUCAAAAUGGCACCCUAUUUCCCUUAGUGCACUACAAAGUUAAUACACUAUAUAAGGAAUAGUGUGCCAUUUCAAAUUUGCACAUAGCACCUCCCUGGACAAUGUAAUGGGAGGGGUUAGUAUUAGUUAGGAGAGUGGUUACAUCUCUGAACAACCAAUCAAUCAAAACUUCCUGUACUGUACAAGCUGUGACAAAGGGAUAUAUAAGCAACCCUGAUAUAGGGAGACGUUUGUAAAAAAUAAUAUAUUAUUAUGGUUUGGAUGGUUUUUUGUUGUUGGUCUGUCUGCUUCAAAUGUAUAUUAUAACAUGUUUUUUUAAUGUAUUGCUCAUCUCACUUGUACUGACAAAUUAGUGUCUGUCUGAGCUCAGAUUAAAAUGCUAUUUAAACUAAUUUAACCUAUACACAUACGCAGGCUUCUUGAAGCUUAUCAUACGACUUACUGUAACAGAUUGGUGCAAUAUGAACCAUUUGUUUUACAGGUUUAUUUAUUCUAAACUAAAUGAAACACCGCUCUGUUACAAAAACAAUCUUAUAAAUUUGCUAUUCACUCUGAAUUUGUGGAUAUUUUAAGUGCCGUUGGUUUCACUGAAAACCGUGUUACUGUCAAGACAGGGUAACGUUAACCAGACAAAGUCCGAUAGACAUUUUAGUAAUCCACUCAGACAAGGCUAUGAACCGAGGGUCAAAAUUGUUUUUGAAGAAAUUAGGAAGAAACAAACCAGUUUUUGUGUGAGACAGUCGUUAUGUUUUUGCUAUUUUUAUACAAUUAUUCGGCAGUUGGUUGAAAUGGACCCAUUAUUGGCAGAUAUGUAUGAAAUUCAGUUAAGAAGAAUACAUGUAAAAAAUGUUUAAACAGUGACAUGAUGGUAAUUACAAUUCAUAUCUUUGUUUGAUAUUUGUAUAAUAAACAGUAAUAAUCCAUA